AUGCAGCUUAUAUAUGUUGUGAAGAAGUCCCAAGACAUUUGUCCGCUGAACUCAAUCUCAGCUCUAAUAUUUGGCCAGCCAGCAGAAAAAUGCCUUCUGAAAGUUAAAGUCUUUGUGACCCAAGAAGAGCAGUCUGAUGCAACAGUAAGAGAACUAGUAAACGAGUUUUCUCAAGUGCAAACAGUGAACUUUGGCACAAAGUUCUUGAAUUUUUCAAUCAGUGAACUCGAAAACUCACUUUGGAUGGCUACCAUAGCUGGAAUUUCGUCUAUCCUGUUUCUCAUCUUUCUCAUUAUGUUCAACCCCAUUUUUGUUCCCUCCCAGAAAAAUCCCACCAAGGAGAAGACUCCAUCUUGGGUUGCAGAUCUUCUUAUCAUAUCUUCCUUCAUUCUGGCAUUAAUUUGCAGCAUCUUUGUAGCCCUUGUUAUAAGAUGGAGAAGGCUAAAGAAACAGAUUCCUCCUACCCUCCAAAAACAAAGCAAAGCUUUAGAAAAAGGAUCAACACAAGCAAGUGAUGCUCUUGAGGAACAUGAAAUCCAUUUUGGAGGCAAGCCUAACUUUGAAGCGGAUAUCUUUGCAAAGUUUCCAGAUGAGACAGGUGGAUCUGAUAUUGAAGUGUUGGUCUAUGGACCUGAGACUAUGAAAGAAUCAGUGGGGCAUCAAUUUGCCAGAAAAAAUGUGGAGCUAAGAAGCAGAAACCCAAUUUCAGCUUCCACUCCCUCAAUUUCACACUCUAGUCUCACACCAGAAACCAUAAUAAAAAGUGAAGAUAAUAACAGUUAG